UCUCAUCCUCGGCAUCAUUAUUCAAGCUGGGUGAGGUCAAUUCGUUUCUCUCCCUAAAGCCGGAUCAGCAGAUCGCCAGUGGGAGGCGCUACAGCACCGGCGCAAGCGUUUCCUGCUCCUCCGCGGCACCGAGCGGUCACUCCGGCGUCUCUCACCAGCCCUCGGACGCCGCCAAUCCAAAUCAUCCUUCAGAUCGGAGGAAGACGCAGCUCAAAGAAAAUACAACUGCAAAUGGUACGCAAGAUGGAGGAUUUUUGUUGUAUAAUCUGUUGAAAAAAAACAACGAGACAGACGGUAGAAAGCACGAGUGACGGCUCGGCUUCUGCGCUAGACGCUCGGAAGCAGCUGAAGAUGAGAACUUGAAGAGCCUCAACUUUUAUCGACUUUCAAGUCCACUCGCUGCCUCUCGUCUCCAUCACACUUGUGCGGACCGGUGGAUUGUUUGUGCGUGUCUGGAGAACACGACAAUAAAACAAACUGAGUGCAUCUUUUCAUAUUUAGGUUAUGUUUUGUGGAGCCGAGGGGAAAUUGUUUUUGCGCAAACAACAACAAGAAGAUGUCUGGCUGGGCUUUUGGGUUGAAAAUGGAGAAUAAAUGAAAUCUCGGGAUUAAUUGACAGCACGACGACAGAAUGAAAGCACGGGACUUGUGGGGAAUGUGCAGAAAGGUGUUGCUGCUGACCGUCUGCAUGUUGUCUCUUUGGGGACAACUGAGCAGCGCGUCAUCACACCGGAGCCACAUUGUUCAUGUGAAGGCAGGGACCUGCGAGGUGAUUGCCGCGCACCGAUGUUGCAACAAGAACAAGAUCGAGGAGCGAUCGCAGACUGUGAAAUGCUCCUGCUUUCCGGGACAAGUGGCAGGAACGACGAGAGCGGCUCCAUCUUGCGUGGAUGCAUCCAUUGUGGCUCAGAAGUGGUGGUGCCAGAUGCAUCCCUGCAUGGAAGGUGAAGAGUGCAAAGUGCUGCCGGACUUUAAAGGAUGGAGCUGCAGUACAGGCAACAAAGUGAAGACCACCAAGGUCACACGAUAGUCGUCUGUUUGGGACCAGUCGUCGUUUAUUCCACAGUAGGACUCUUGGAUAUAAUUUUUUAUUUUAUUUUAUUUAAUUUUUUGGUAAGGUUGUUGGAAACGAGAGACCAAUAGUGACUUUGGUCUUAGAUGGACAGUCCAAAAACGGAAUGGGGCUUCAUUUAGGACUGUGUUUGCGAAAAAGAUCACCAACUUUAGAGUCAUGAGUGACUCGACUCCCCACCCAAUGUCUCUUUGUGUUAUAGUUUACUCCGACAGACCAGAGGACUCCAACCUGAAGAUAUUUAUUAGCUGAAAGAUUGUGGAUUAUCCCAACAGCAGACAAAAAAACUAAACAAAACAAACAAAACAAGAAAGGAGAAAAAUGUGAUGUGAUACCUUUGUGUUUUUUCUCACCAUGUAGAGAUCCCAAGACCCUCAAUGCACAUUUGUUCUCAAGAUCAAGCGAGACAAGCAUUUUCAUUCCUUUUAGCCUUAUGAAGAAGCUACAUUAUGUUUCAUCGAGUUGUUAGAGGAUAUCAAGUCACCCACGAAAAUGGCUUGAAAUAUAGGAAAGUUGGGGGCGCUCUGAUAAAAACACAAGGAUUUUUGCUAAAACAUUUAAAUGUUAUUUGUUGUUUUCAAAGCCUGACAACCACCAUUGAUUACAAAUGUCAGUAUUAUCUCAAUAAAUCUAACCUAAUGAAA